AUGCGUAACAGUGACGGCGCUCUGAAGUGCUGCCGCUGCAGGAAGGAGGGUCGCGAUGCGUCGCACAGUGGCGCUUCUGUGUCUUCUGACCCUGUGAGGAACGCUUCUACUGGGAUUGGCGAGCGCCACAAGUACAGUGUCGUGAGCGAAUACGGCCUCGAUUCGUGCGAGUUGGGUGGCAUCCAUGGCGCCGACGGCGACCGAGUGCUGUCGACGCUGUCAGUCGGGAAACGUGCGGUAGGUCAGUGGCCUGUUAUGUACAAUGUGGUAAAGGCGCCCUUUGUUGCGGCCGACGACCGUAGUCUUCAGCAGCUGUGCCUGCUGCGAGUAGAGCUGAGCAAGGCUCUCGACAGGUACACUGGUCUUCUGCACCACAGCAACGAGAGCGUGUCGUGCGACGUUCGAAGCGAGGUGUUGGAUGCGCUUGACCGCACCUUGCGUCUUUUGUCCACUGUGGAGGCCAGGCUGUGA